UUUUCUACACCUUUUGUAGUACAUAAAUCUUUAAAAUUUUUUCUGUCACAUUUCUCGGUCGUAACUAAAAGAAAAUCCGAGUUUCUGAGCCGUUUGCAGUCACCACAAAUUGUUAGUACCCGAAAAUGCUUAAAUAUUUGGCGGGAAUCAUCACCAAUCCGCGCAAUGACUACGCGAAUGGACGCUUCAGCAUGCCCCAUCCAAAAAAGCUGGCCAUAAGUCGUCCAUCGCAGUUGGGGCCCAGGUUGCCCCAGGUGAAGGUAUCCACGAGGAGCAUCAUCAAUGGCGGCAGGUUUGGAAACGGAAGGCUGAAGCCGGAAAACAGAGAGGCACGGCGACGUAAAGAGGGGAAUCUCCACCUGCCAAGACCCCACAGCCGAUCCUCCCAGAAAACCAACUUUGGCUUGGAUCCCAUCAGCUACAUAGUAAAUGUGGCUGAUUCUACCUCCUCCCACGAAGAGGAGGAGUCUGUGCCGCACUUAACCAACGCAGCAAUCAAACUGAAAGCGCCAAGGCAUCGGAAACAGGAUUACGGACAUGUCAUCCCACCGCCAGUUAGUCGCGUGCCCAGUUGGUCGGGUCCUUUGAAUGCCAAUCCCUUCAACAAUCUGGAUGACCAGACCAAUGGGAAGCUGGAUUCCAGCGCUGGAGAGGCGGACACAAUGGGAUGGGAUGCGAUUUUCCUGCCAGAUGAGUUUUGGUCAGCAACAUCGGACUCGGAAAUCAAUAUCAAAUAUAAUUAAAUAAAUAUAAUGUAAAUGUAAUGGGUUUUUAUAUAUUAAAUG